AAUGAAGAUGGGGGCUGGGGAUUUCAUAUUCUGGGACCUAGCACAAUGUUUGGCACUGCUUUAAAUUACAUUGCCUUGAGGUUGCUUGGAGAAGGUCUUGAUGGUGAUGAAUCAGCCAUGGCUAGAGCCAGACAAUGGAUUCUCAAUCACGGCGGCCUUGUGGCAAUUCCGUCUUGGGGAAAGUUUUGGGUGGCGGUUCUUGGAUUAUACGAGUGGUCAGGCUGUAAUCCAGUGCCUCCAGAGAUGUUGCUUCUUCCGAAAUCUUUUCCUUUUUAUCCAGGCAAUAUGUUAUGCUACUGUCGCUUGGUUUACAUUCCAAUGGCAUAUUUGUAUGGACGGAAAUUCGUCGGUCCAAAAACCGAUCUGAUUCAGUCCCUACGGAAAGAACUCCACACCGAACCCUACGAUCAAAUCGAUUGGAACCGAGCACGAAACACUUUAGCUAAGGAAGAUGUCUAUUAUCCUCAUCCUCUAGCACAAGAUAUUCUAUGGGGAUUCUUACACCAUGUUGCAGAGCCAAUUGCUAACCGUUGGCCAUUUACUAAGAUGAGAGAGAAGGCAUUAAAGCUUGCAAUGGAACAUAUACAUUACGAGGACGAAAACAGUAGAUAUUUCUGUAUUGGAUGUGUUGAGAAG